UGUUGGGGGGCGGAAGCAGCGGCAGGCAUGGCGGUGGCUCCGCCACUCGCUCUGCUGGCGCUGCUGCUCCUGGGGUUGAGCACCUUGGGUCAUUCAGAGACUCCGCGCGACAGCCUGCGGGAGGAGCUCGUCAUCACCCCGCUGCCUUCUGGAGACGUAGCAGCCACAUUCCAGUUCCGCACGCGCUGGGAUUCGGAGCUGCAGCGGGAAGAAGUUUUUCAUUAUAGGCUCUUCCCCAAAGCCCUCGGGCAGUUGAUCUCCAAGUAUUCUCUCCGGGAGCUGCACCUGUCGCUCACACAAGGCUUUUGGAGAACUCGAUAUUGGGGGCCACCCUUCCUGCAGGCCCCAUCAGGUGCAGAGCUCUGGGUCUGGUUCCAAGACACUGUCACUGAUGUGGAUAAAUCUUGGAAGGAGCUCAGCAACGUCCUCUCAGGGAUCUUCUGCGCCUCUCUCAACUUCAUCGACUCCACCAACACAGUCACUCCCACUGCCUCCUUCAAGCCCCUGGGCCUGGCCAAUGGCACAGACCACUCUUUCCUGCGCUAUGCUGUGCUGCCGCGGGAGGUUGUCUGCACUGAGAACCUCACCCCAUGGAAGAAGCUCUUGCCCUGUAGUUCCAAGGCAGGCCUCUCGAUGCUGCUGAAGGCUGAUCGCUUGUUCCACACGAGCUACCACUCCCAGGCAGUGCAUAUCCGCCCAGUUUGCAGAAAUGCGCGCUGUACCAGCCUCUCCUGGGAGCUGAGGCAGACCCUUUCCGUUGUGUUCGAUGCCUUCGUCACGGGGCAAGGGAAGAAAGACUGGUCCCUCUUCCGGAUGUUCUCCCGAACCCUCACAGAGCCCUGCCCCCUGGCUUCAGAGAGCCGAGUCUAUGUGGACAUCACCAGCUACAACCAGGACAAUGAGACAUUGGAGGUAAACCCACGCCCCCUCACCACCUACCAGGACAUCAUCCUGGGCACGCAGAAGACCUACGCUGUCUACGACUUGCUUGACAAGGCCGUGAUCAACAGCUCCCGCACCCUCAACCUCCAGUUCAAGUGGAGGAGGCCCCCGGACAAUGAGACCGCACCAGCGCCCUUCCUGCACGCCCGGCGCUAUGUGAGUGGCUACGGGCUGCAGAGCGGGGAGCUGAGCACGCUGCUCUACAACGCCCACCCGUGCCGGGCCUUCCCCGUGCUGCUCCUGGACACCGUGCCCUGGUACCUGCGGCUGUACGUGCACACCCUCUCCAUCACCUCGAAGGGCAAGGAGAAUAAACCAAGUUACAUCCAUUACCAGCCUGCCCAGGACCGGCUGCAGCCCCACCUCCUGGAGAUGCUGAUUCAGCUGCCGGCCAACUCGGUCACCAAGGUCUCCAUCCAGUUUGAGCGGGCGCUGCUCAAGUGGACCGAGUACACCCCGGACCCCAACCACGGCUUCUAUGUCAGCCCGUCUGUCAUCAGUGCCCUCGUGCCCAGCGUGGUGGCAGCCAAACCCGUGGACUGGGAAGAGAGUCCCCUCUUCAACAGCCUGUGCCCAGUCUCCGACAGUUCCAGCUACUUCGUGCGGCUCUACACGGAGCCGCUGCUGGUGAACCUGCCGACGCCGGACUUCAGCAUGCCCUACAACGUCAUCUGCCUCACGUGCACAGUGGUGGCCGUGUGCUACGGCUCCUUCUACAAUCUCCUCACCCGGACCUUCCACAUCGAGGAGCCCAAGAAGGACGGCCUGGCCAAGAGGCUGGCUAACCUUAUCCGGCGUGCCCGGGGCGUCCCCCUUCUCUGAGGCCGGGCUCCUUUACAGCCGCGCUGCUGCUUCUGUCUGGGGAGGGGCGCUGGUGACCCCGAGGACUGUUUCUGCUACUCCCUGUCCCCGGAGUUGGCUCUUGAACUGAACUGCCUUGGACUAGGCCAGGGCCCAGGGCUGCGCUGUGCAGUGCAGUGGGCACGACCAAGUGUGGCAUUUGAGUUUAAAUGAACUUAAAUUAAGAAUUCAUCUCCUCAGCCGUACUAGCCACAUUGCAGUGCCCCGGCACCGGAAGGGAAGCGGCUGCCGGGUUGGAGAGCACAAGCAGACGGUCCGGAAAGUCCUGCCAAACGGCGCAGGCCUAGGUAACGCACUGGACUGCAGGGCUCUAGCACUGUGUGGCAGAUGGAAUCGACCACAGUGGAAUAAAAAGUGGCUGCUCCUUUGGCUCUUUGCCUCCUGUCUCCUUGGGGCCUGGGGAGAGCUGGGGACUAGGGUUUACCGCCUGUCCCGGAGCAGGAGCUCUAGCCCCUGAACCAAACCAGC